AUGACGAACCCCUCCUUCCAGGUUCGUCGAGCUGAGUUCAGUCGAUCCCUGAAACGUUUCACCGCGUCUUCCACGAACUUUCAAAUCCUCAGCUCUGUCCCUUCUUCUACUGAAGCUCAGCCACCCCCUCCAGACGUUCUCUACGUGCUGGACUCGUCCUACAAUCCCCCAACCCAUGCCCAUCUCCGCAUUGCUAGCUCCGCUCUGCUAGAAAACUCUAGUCGUUCGCCUCGCCUCCUGUUGUUACUUGCUACGCAAAAUGCGGAUAAACCACCUAAACCGGCACUGUUUGAGGACCGUCUCAUCAUGAUGGAAUUGUUUGCUCGGGAUCUCUUGUCGUAUAUGAAGACAACGGCGCCCAGCCAACCUGCCCCGCAAAUUGACAUUGGGGUUACCAAAAUGCCAUAUUUUAUAGGUAAAGCGGCGGAAAUCGACUCCGCUGGGGUCUAUCCAAAAUCACUUGAGCAGGUUCAUCUCACGGGCUACGAUACGUUGAUUCGGAUCUUCGAUACAAAGUACUAUCCACCGGAGCAAACGCUCCAUCCGCUCCAGCCCUUCAUCUCGCAGCACAGACUGAGAGUCACCAUGCGUCCUAACGAUGAAUGGGGCAACAAAGAAGAACAAGAGGCUUUCCUCCUCAAUCUGGCUCAAGGAGGUAGGGAGCAUGAAGGUGGUAAACGAGAGUGGGCAGAGCGAAUUCAGUUCGUAGAAGGGAAGAAGCCGGGGGAGAGACCGGUGAGCUCUACACUGGCUAGAGAGGCGAGUCAGCGGAAUCCCCAGGAUCUUGAGUGGCUGGUCCCUGAGAAAGUCCGGGGCUUCCUCUCAUCCCAGCAACCCUAUACCGAUAACUGA